AUGCCCUCCAACAUCCAGGUCUUCGUGAAAUGGAAGGACCAAACCAUAUUUGCAGGGGAAGACGUGGAAUGUACCAUCACGUUCAAGAACGUAGCUGAUACUGGCGUUGACUCCAGUGUGAGCGAAGGUGGUCAACAUUCACGGAAGCUCUCUCGAGUGGCGAACCACACGGCCAACUCGAAUUCGGACUCUUUCUUUGGACUCAAAUCACCCCAGGCCUUGUUCUCUGGUCGAAGAUCCUACUCUAUCAGCUCACAGCGAAAGCCUUACCACCGAACGGCCUCUUCUUUAACAAAUCCGCACGUUGGCUCACAUAGCUUCCCCCCGAAUAGCAGCCCCUCUACACCGCGCACUUGGCAACCAGGUCACAGCCACAAACGAUCAGUAUCCAUUCUCUCCAUUGACAGCGAAGGCCAGACCGAUCCGACACCUGCACCACAUCAAUAUAAUCGACCGAAGCCAGUCAGGGGUCAUGGGCGCUCGGCCAGUCUUCAGGUUCUCCCUAGGAGAAACAAUAGCUAUGAGGACUCCUACAAGAAAGUGAGGUCCCCCACCCAUGCUUUCCCUUUCCCAUUGGCAGAAGCUCCAAGCGAGCAUCCCAAUGGCAAUUUGACUGUAAAUACCGCCAAUUUGGGGCGUCGCAGUCGGCCUGGUUCUCUAGCGACAAGUCCAACAGGACUCGUGGAGCCAAUACGACCACCUGCCCGACGGUCACAACCACCUCCUAUGGAAUUUAAGUUUCCAGCCGCGCCUCCUCCUGAACCAAGUGCCAACCUCUCAGCGCGCACUCCGUCCCCCAAAUCGGCAACAACAAACGGUACUACAUCUACCGGGGGAAAACCGAAUGCUAGGGAAGCGCCACUGACAGCCCCGGCACACCAACAGCUGACGAGAAUCAUUUCGGCCACUAGCGCAAAUGGGAGCGCUCGCAGCAGUGGAGAAUUCUUCUCCGUCAGUGACCAUUCGACUGAAACGCUCGGAUCAGAAUAUACAGCAUACUCGACGCAAAGUGCGCGAGUGCCCCCAUCCGCACGACAUGCGCGACAUUAUUCAAGCGUGGUGACAUCUCCACUCAAGGCACCUGAUAGCCAUGCGCUGCUCAUGGGCUAUGCGCAGGUCAGCGCCUCUUUUACGGUUGAUGGAUCUUUAGUCAAUCAGUCAGCAUUCGAGGAAGUCAAGCGAAAAGGAGUUGUUGGUGGCCAACCAGGUCCAGGUGGUAUUCCUGGACGACCAGCAACCCCCGAACGUCCACGUAAGACCGGUGGGUUCUGGGGAGCGUUUAAAUGGAACACCAUUGAAGAAUCGAUCAACGGUCUUCUCCCCAACAAUGAACUGGAUGGCCUACGAGAAAUGCGUGGCGUGUCAUCCUCUCGUUCCAUUCCACUCCUAUCGACUUCGCAAUCACUGCUUUUUGUCGACCUUCGAUUAGCGCCGGGGGAGGAACAAUCAUAUUCCUUCUCUUUCGCCCUUCCGAAAGGACUCCCGGCGAGUCACAAAGGGAAGGCAAUCAAAAUCUCAUAUAAUUUAGUUAUUGGAACUCAGCGGCCGAGUGGAGCCAAUGAGCCUCAAAAGGUCAACCGCAUCAAUAUCCCAUUCCGUGUUUACAGCGGCGUUAAUGACAAGGGAGAUAUCCUUGGUCAUGACCUGAUGUCGCCUUAUGUGCUUCUCAGAGAUGAGGCGAAGGUGCAAAAGGUCGGUCCAACAACACCAGUUGGUUCCAAGAACCAGAGCAUCAGUAAAACCCAUCAUUCUGCGACCGAUUUCUUAGGAUACGUGGACGAAAUUCUGGAACAACGCGCGCGUUCUAAUACGCUUUUCCCACCUGGCGCUCUCUCUUCGCGGCGAUCUAGCGUUGAGGGACUCCCGCAAAUGCUGACCUGCAAGGAUAUUAUUGAUUUUGCGAUCCUUCGCAGUAACCAGGCAAUCAAUUCUCGUCGUAGUCCCAAUCGCUUCGAGAUUGCCCGCGAGGGCCAGCGAAUUGCGGUGGUGGUCUUGAAUCGACCGGUUCACCGACUCGGAGAGACCAUCAUUGCUACCAUGGACUUUGGCAAUGCUACAAUUCCAUGUUAUGCAGUCAGAGCCUCAUUAGAGACCUCUGAGAAAGUCACACCCACUCUGGCUAUUCGUUCCAAUGCAAGCAUCCACCGCACUACUCGGAAGAUUCAUGCAUCUUUGUUCGAAAACACACUCCAUGCUACUCGAGUAGCGUUCAGUCCGGCUAUUCCUAUUGCAGCCACGCCUACCAUUCUCACCAGUGGGGUGACCCUUGAUUGGGAACUGCGAUUCGAGUUUGUGACCUCCGGUGGUCGGGGCCAUCAGGGUCCCAGCCCAUCGGGCAUUCGCUUGCUGGAGACCCUGUCGUCAGAUGAACGCGGCAAGCUACUAUCUGCCACGGAUCAUCUGAACUGUGAGUCCUUUGAAAUCGCCAUUCCUCUCACCGUUUACGGAGAGACCAUUCGAGAGCGGCAGCCCGAAGAGAAUGAGGGCUACGCGAUUUAG